AUGUCCAGUCACGACGCGCUCAACAUGAAGCUGCCGCCGAUCCAGUCCACGGCCGGAGCCGUUCCGGUCCGGAACGAGAAAGGUGAGCUCUCCAUGGAGAAGGUGAAGGUGAAGAGGUACGUGUCCGGUAAACGUCCUGACUAUGCACCAAUGGAGUCGUCUGAUGAGGAAGAGGAGGAUUUCCAAUUUGUAAAGAAAGGAAAAGAAAUGGAGCCAGAGAUGGAGCAGGAGGAAGAGGACGUCUCUGACCCACGUCUAAAACGUCUGCUCAACCGUGUUUCGGAAGACGUGGAGGAGAGGCUUGCAAGACACAGACAGAUCGCAGAGCCUGAGGUUGUUGCUGAGAGCAGCGAGGACUCGGAUGAAGGCACGUGGCACCCAGAGCAUGAGGAGAGUAGUGAGGAGGAAGAGGAGGAAGAGGAAGAAGUGGAUGACGAGGAAAUUGAGAGGAGACGAGCAAUGAUGCGGCAGCGUGCAGUGGAACGAAAGAAUGAGGAGAUGGAGGUGAUGGAGGUGGAGGAAGAAGGGAAGUCAGGGGAGGAGUCAGAGUCUGAGUCUGAAUAUGAGGAGUACACAGACAGCGAGGAUGAGGCAGAGCCGCGACUCAAACCUGUCUUCAUCCGCAAAAAGGACAGAAUCACAGUGGCAGAGCGUGAAGCAGAGGAGCAGAGGCAAAGAGAGCUGGAGGUCGAGGCCAAGAAGCAGGCGGAAGACCGACGGCGCUACACGCUCAAGAUUGUGGAGGAGGAGGCCAAGAAGGAGUUUGAGGAGAACCGUCGCACACUGGCUGCUCUGGAUGCUCUGGACACUGAUGGAGAGAAUGAGGAGGAAGAAUACGAAGCCUGGAAAGUCAGAGAGCUGAAACGCAUCAAGAGGGACAGAGAGGCCCGAGAAGUCAUGGAGAAGGAGAAGGCUGAAAUCGAGAGAUUCCACAACUUGACAGAGGAGGAGCGCAGAGCCGAGUUGCGCAACAGCGGCAAACUCGUCACCAACAAAGCGUCUAAAGGAAAAUACAAGUUUCUCCAGAAGUAUUAUCACAGAGGAGCCUUCUUCAUGGACGAGGAGGAGAACGUGUACAAGAGAGAUUUCAGCGCUCCCACUCUGGAGGAUCAUUUUAACAAAACCAUCUUACCCAAAGUCAUGCAGGUAAAAAACUUUGGCCGGUCUGGACGUACCAAGUACACCCACCUGGUGGACCAGGACACCACAUCAUUUGACUCCGCCUGGGCCCAGGAGAGUGCUCAGAACAGCAAGUUCUUUAAGCAGAAGGCUGCAGGUGUGAGGGACGUGUUCGACAGGCCCACGGUGAAUAAGAGGAAGACUUAGAUGUGACGUCAGAGACAGAUUCUCUUCCCUGGACUUUGUUGUGGAAGGAAACCAGAUUCUGCUGCACCAUUUAAAAAGAACCUUUAUCCACAUUGGUUUGUCAACUUGGAGAUGAGAUAGUUUUCCAUUGUGCAUGUGCAGAACAAAUUCUGAGCCACACCACUAAAAUCCCCUUCAAUUUUUAAACAAAGAAAAUGUGUAAAUAUCAGUUUAUAACAUGUUGCAGAUUUCCUUCAUUCUUUUCUUCUAAUAUGUAAAAGUACAGGUCUUGUCACUUGAUUUAUUUGCAAAUAAAAUCUGAAGUUUCAUAAUUUUAAAAA